AUGCUCGUUGGUGAAGUUGAUGCCGACGAAACGAUGCAGAGCGAUGACUCGAACGGAGCGCCAGCGGCCGCGGCCAGCAACCUCAGCGAUGGAAGCGUAGCAUCGACAUCAAAGCCGACGCAUGCUCCACCUGUCUCCAACGGCGCUGAAAGGUCCUCGGCGGUCGCUUCAACAUCCUACCAAUCCAUGGACUCCGAAGAGCUCUCUGCACUCGAAGAGCUAGCCGACGGCGAGUCUGAAUCCGAAGGCGAAAUUGACCGCCUCCUCGACGAGGCCGCCGCAGCCUUCCCACCCGAGACGGUCUCCCUCAUGAUCAAAGACCUCAAGCAACGCGGCAUCGUCGCCUUUCUCCAGCACUACGUCGUCCCCGACCCCACACCCCUACGCAUCAAACACCUCCUUCUCGCACUCGGCGUCUUCCUCCCGCGCUCGAUCCGUGAAUCUGAGGUUCCACUCGACGUGCUCCUUCCCAUCCUCAAAACCGCCCUCGCCCGCAUCCUGCGUCGACGCGAGAAAUUGCCGCAGUACAACACCGUCUCCGACGCCCUAUCGCUCCUUGCAACGCGCAAGCGGAUCAUGGUUCUUUCUGGGGCGGGCAUCUCGGUCUCGUGCGGCAUCCCCGACUUUCGAUCAAAGGACGGCAUUUACGCCACCCUCCAGUCGGAGGGCAAAUACGAACUGGACGAUCCACAAGACAUGUUUGACAAGCAGUUUUUCCUCUCAAAUCCGGCCAUGUUCUACUCGUUUGCACACAAGAUCUUUCCAAGCAACUUUGUGCCCAGCUCAGCACAUCGGUUCAUCAAGCUCAUCGAGGAGCGGGGGCAGCUGUUGCGGAACUAUAGUCAGAACAUCGACACGCUCGAGCAGAUUGCGGGGAUUGAAAAGGUGCUGCAGUGUCAUGGGAGUUUCGCGAGCGCGAGCUGCACCGACGCAGCGUGUGGUUAUCGGUGUAAGGGAAGUCAGAUUGCUGAUGCGAUCUUUGCGCAGCGGGUGCCGAGUUGCCCGCGCUGCGACGAGCGCAAGGCGCGCGAAGCCGGUGCUAACAAGCCGAGUAAGAAGAAGCGCAAAGUGGGGAACGGAAUGAGCUGGCGACCAGGCAACGACUCUGAUGAAGACGACGACGAGGAUGAUCCGACCGCACUCGCCGGCUUCGGCAUCCUCAAACCGGACAUCACCUUCUUCGGCGAGAAGCUCUCGGACGAUUUCGACCACGCCCUGCUCGCGGACCGCGACCAGGUCGACCUGCUCAUCGUCAUGGGCACAUCGCUCAAGGUCGCGCCCGUAUCCGAAAUCCUAGGCCACAUCCCCCACUCUACCCCCGUCAUCCUCAUCAACAAGACGCCCAUCCUCCACCUCGCGACCGACAUUAUGCUGCUCGGAGACUGCGACCGCAUCGUCGAGUACCUCUGCCGCAAGCUCGGGUGGCAUCUACCGUCGAUCCAACCCAGCCAGGAUGUGGUAGGCACGCCGGCAGCUGAGCACGUAAAGGAGAAGGUCGAGUUGCAGGAUGACCGGGAGGGCGGCGUUGCGAUAUCGACUUCUGAUGGCGUAGAAGGCUUGGAAGAGCCAGAGAGGUUGAUGAACAGUCAUGCGUGGUUGUUUGACGGGGCAGAGCCUGGACGGCUUCCGGCCUUGCUCGCCGAGAUGCAGGCCGACAGUGAAGACGAAGAUGACGACGACGGCGAGGAAGCAGGGCACGAUGAAAAGGAUGAACAGGGCGGCGGCGAGACAGCAAUCUCUCCAAACGCGGCGUAA